AUGGGUGUAGCAUCGUUGGGUGAAAAUAGGAAGUACGAGGAUAGUUGUGAUAGAUUGGCGGGUCUCUUGUCAAGUAUCAUCACACAAAAAUCCAGAGAGCAGUGCCUCCACCGUGCCGAUGGCAAAGUGCUGAUAAGAUACGGAACGAUACGUGAACUCGGUCGGUGGCUUAUUGUGGCCGCGUACAUUCGGCUUCAAUGGAGAAUGGUUCGACAGAACGCUUUACAAGAUGAUGAUCAUCAGCGCUCAAUAAUCACUCACUUUGAUGCUCUAUUGGACUCAUUAUCAACGUAUGAAGUUUCACGGAAACGUAAAGGGAAACUCACUAAAUUCUUUCACUUAUGGGAUCAAUUCAAGACAGAACAGACACACCGUGCACCGCGAGGCAUUUAUCUCUGGGGCACCGUCGGUUGUGGUAAAACAACAUUGAUGGAUAUGUUUUUCGACUGUUGUCCUUUCACUGAGAAGGAAAGAGUUCACUUCCAUUCAUUUAUGCAAGAAAUGCAUAAGAGAAUGCAUGCGCUAAAACUUGCGGAUGCUGGAGAGCGAGGCUCGUUCGAUCCGGUGCCACACAUCGUUGACGAAAUUAUGAGCAGAUGUAAGCUUCUCUGCUUCGAUGAGUUUCAGGUGACUGAUAUCGCUGAUGCAAUGAUUCUGAAAAGAUUCUUCUCGCUACUAUUCGAAGAAGGUCUCGUAGUUGUUGCCACUUCCAAUCGUCCUCCCAAAGAUUUGUACAAGAAUGGGCUACAACGGCAUCAGUUUGUGCCAUUCAUUGGCGUUUUGCAGGAAAGGUGCCAAACUCUUUCGCUCGACUCUGGUAUAGAUUACCGUAGAAUAGGUAGUGGCGAUUCUGAAUCGUUUUUCGUUCGAUCAGAGCAUUGUGAUGUUAACCAACAAUGUGAUCGUGUCUUCAAACAGUUGGUUGCUCAAGAAACGGAUACCAUCCGUAGUAAAGUCCUCAACAUUCUCGGACGUAAUGUAGAGGUAAAAAAAUGCUGUGGUGGAGUUGCAGACAUCGAGUUCGCAGACUGGUGCGAACGACCAUGUGGUGCAGCUGAUUAUCUAGUCCUAAGUCGGGUUUUUCACACUAUAAUCCUUCGGAAUGUGCCUGUCCUGACAAGGUCUAAACUAAGCGAAGCUAGACGGUUUAUAACAAUGAUAGAUACGUUUUACGACCAGAAGGUGAGACUCGUUGUCAGUGCUGACGCUCCUAUCGACAAAGUUUUCCAACUAGCUGUAGAGGAAGUGCUUGACUUGAGUGAUUCUCAACGAACACUCAUGGAUGAUUUGGAUGUGGAAGAGGAUGGUGAUAGCGCCCGUGCCAAUGUCUUCUCGGGCGAAGAAGAAACUUUUGCCUAUGACCGUACGGUUUCGCGAUUGUUCGAGAUGCAGAACUCUCAGUAUUGGUGUGCAAGAAAACCCACUUCGCACUCAUUUUGA